CAGCCUUGUCCAUGAUCUUCCAUAGUGGCGAAUAUCCCCAGAAACAUUGCAAGUCCAUUGUUCAAUCUAUCUCAGAUCGUUCGUGUCGUACCUAGAUCCGUCUCGUAUGAUCUAGGUAGAUUGGUCAGUGGGCAUCACGUGCCGCCUUUUCGCUGGCAUUCCAGCCCUGUCCCCUUUGAGAUUAUCGAACGAAUGAUCUCGACCACCACUCUGCAACCGGCUGCAGUCCCGGAGACACCAAUUUCUGUGACCUCGGACUGGACCGGGCACCCACAAGGCCUUAAUGAAAGCUCCAUAGUCUCGAACAAUGAGACUGACCGACACCCGUUGGGAGUUCGACCUGCUGGCAAUGCUCUUACCACCAGUGAGAAUGCCCAAAACUAUAUGGGACGUUUCGGAGAGCUGCCGGAUUCCUUGCUCUUACUCUUGUUAGAGUACUUGGAUACCUCAGCUCUGAUCAACUUGGGCGCAACUUGUCGGGGACUCUACGCCUAUUCCACCUUCGAUCAACUAUGGAGGGAUAUUGCGGUCAGCGACAUGACGGAGGAUUUUUCCUGGCGUGGAAGUUGGCGAGCAUCCGUAAGGCAGCUUCCUACAUCAACAUUGGCGAAAGUGGACUGCCGAAGCCUUUAUUCCGAUGCACUUCACCGACCGUUUCUGUGCUCCCAGAUGUCUCUAGCGCCCUACGUCUCGGGAAUUCCCAAGCAGAACGAGAUUCCACGCAUAAGGCAUCUCGCGCCCACCGACUUCAACGACUCGUGGGUUGACCGGCCGUUCAUAUUGACCGAACCUGUAAAAAAAUGGCAGGUCUACAAGGACUGGAAUCAGGAGUCCAUCCUUUCCAAACACGGGGAUACAUUGUUUCGCGCCGAAGGGGUCGACUGGCCGUUCAAGACGUAUGCCGCAUACAUGGACAGCACAAGCGACGAAAGCCCCAUAUAUUUGUUCGAUAGGGCCUUCGUGGAAAAGAUGGGUUUGGAGGUCGGUCCUCAUGGAGCUUACACUGCUCCCGAGGCUUUUCAGGACGACUUGUUCACCCUAUUGAAGGAACAGAGGCCUGACCAUCGAUGGCUGAUCAUUGGCCCAGAAAGGAGUGGAAGUACCUUCCACAAGGACCCUAAUGCUACCAGUGCUUGGAACGCGGUUAUCCGAGGCUCGAAAUAUUGGAUCAUGUUUCCUAGUAAUGUGCUGCCGCCAGGUGUCUAUAUGAGCGAGGAUCAGAGUGAAGUAACUUCCCCACUCAGUAUUGCUGAGUGGCUGUUGUGCUUUCAUGCUGAAGCGCGGAGCACGCCCGGCUGUCUCGAAGGCAUAUGUCAAGCAGGAGAGGUCCUGCACGUGCCUUCUGGCUGGUGGCAUCUUGUGGUCAAUCUGGACCCAGCUAUUGCGAUAACUCAGAACUUUGUGCCGCGGGCACACCUUCGCUCCACCGUCAAGUUCCUUCGGCAUAGAGCCGAUCAGGUCUCCGGCUUCAAGAACACCGUUGCCAACCCGUACGCGCUCUUCAUGGAGCGGCUGCGUGAGGUCCAUCCCGACUUGGCGACCCUUGUUGAAGAGUCCAAGAAGAGAAAGUGGGAUGAUGUGGUACACGAUUCACGCCAGGCUGACGAAGAGCAAAGUGGCUUCAGCUUUGGAUUUGGCGACGAUAUUGACGAAGAGGAAUGCUGACAAGAAAAUUGUGUGAGCUGUCCCGCUAAUGGCAAGCCACUGACUUGGUAGAAGUCAAACUACGACCGAAAGCAAUGUAUCCCACGAAUGCUCCGAUGGCAACGGCCAACAUGACCCAGCCGUUGUACGUCAUGAACAAAAGCCUGCGCUGUUAGCCUUUAUCUUUCAUGCGCAGGGAACUCGCAUACAUGAUGAAGAAGCUGUAAAAUACCUGCAACGCAUACAGCAAUCCCUUUAUGAUUGUUCCUUUCCGUUCUGCUGCCGCCUUGGAGUCUCUUCCUACGACGAGCAGUGAGCUUGAUUCGUUUGACUGAGGAGAUGCGCCUUGACAAUAUCAGAUGCGUCUAUGGCACGAAGUGGGCAAUCGGAACAUACUGGAGCCGCUGGUGCUGUAUGCAGCCAUCUCCGCACUGUGUUGCUGCUCGUAUCGCCUGCUGAUCUCGCGGAUGCAUUCGUAGCCGGCGGUCAGGAGGACAAUGGCUACCAGGGAUAAUAUCAGAGAGAAAGUGCCUGUGACUCUCCAUUGCCGGAAGAUUAUACAAAGAUCUUUCGAAGACCAGGUAAAUAGCAUCUGCUUCGGUCAGUAAAU